UUUCCUGCAAGGUUGUGUCCUUUCUUCAUUAAUGGUGAGGGACCUUAGCUUUCUAUCUCCACAAGUUUCCUGCAAGAAGGUAAGAGCUUUGAUGAAGGAGUGAUUCAUGUUUUCUACAUAAAGGAGGAGAGUUGAAAUAUUUUGCAGUAUAUAAGUCAAUCAUGGUUAUCAAAUCAAGGGGAUCAAGUAGCUCAAUUAGCCAUUAACAACUCUAGCUCAUACAUACCAUGAUGUAUUCAUUCUAUCCUGAAACAUCAACCAUCUAACAUCUGAGAAAGGAAAAAAAAACCAGUAUAUCUAAAAGUCAAAAUUGUCACUAGAAUGAUCGAAGCUAAUAUUCUUGAAGAAGUAGGAGGGGCUGCCGAUCAAAAAAAUUGUCAAUGAAGGAACACUAGAAUCAUGGCAGAUUCCUGAACCUUUCCACUAUUAUCAAAGUAAAAACGGUCUUAUCCAGAGCGCGAGAGACCGGAGAAGCCAAGAAUGACGUUGGGCUGGUCCACAAUAGCGGUGGCGCUAACGUGCGCCGCAGUGGUAAUGCUGCCGGGAAUCUGGUCCGACCCGCUUCCCAUCCGUCACACAGUGGGAGGGCGUAACUUCUGGAAUUCCAAUGUGAACUACACAGAAUGGGCUCUCAAGGAACAUGUUUACAAAGGCGACUGGCUCUAUUUUGUUUUUGACAAGACGCAGUUUAGUGUGCUCGAAGUCAACAAAACUGACUAUGAGUCCUGCAACUCCAACCAUGUCCUUCACGACUAUACUCGUGGUGGAAGAGAUGUUGUUCAACUUAACGAGACCAAAACUUACUAUUUCAUUAGCGGCAAUGGGCAUUGUUAUGGUGGAACGAAAGUAGCGAUUCGCGUUGAAGAUCAUCCGCCACCUCCAAAGGCCCAACCAGCGAAGAACAGUUCUCCUCCUACUUUCAGAGGUCACAUUCUUGUCCCAGCUCUGUUUGCCGUUGCUGCUCUGUGGGAUUCCUUGCUUUUACUUGUGUAGGAGCGCCAGCCUUGUUCGAAUCCACAUUUCUGGCUUUCCUCUAAUUGGUUAAGUUAAUUUGAGUAACGUACUCGACUGUGUACCCAGGAAAGAAAACCCUGGCGUGAUUGGUAGUGGUCUGUACUCAUUUGGUGUUUUCUAAUGUCGUUGACCAGUCUUAUUUCUAUACAUUUUUUGAAAUUUUUUGUUGACUAUUAUUUGAACUUGGAUUAUGCUAUGUGUACCCCAAGUUUUGUACCCCAAUUUGUACCCCGCAGUUUUGCACCAACACUUUGUGUUGGUGUAAAACUAAUUUUUGUUAAAUGCACCAACAUUUGUGUCCGUGUGAAUUUUUAUUAACGCACCAACACUUGUGUCGGUGUAAACCAUCAAAAUGUUUGUGCAAACUUGUGGUGUACAAAUGGGGUAUAUUUUUUGGUGUAAGUGUAGCAUGGUCUUUGAACUUUUCAUGCCUAUUGUUUGUUUGGAGAGUAGAUCCUCUAUCCAAAAAGUCACAUCCCAAAUCCAAUCCCAAUCCCAAGUUUCAUUCUCGGAUAGUUUUCGCAAAGUAUAACAAUUUUGUACUCUAUUAUUUACGGCCUUUUAUUCUGUUUU